AUGGCCAUAGUGGAUAGAAGGAUUACGAGCUUUGAACUAAGGCAGAGCACAGAAUCUAAGCUCAAAUCUUCAAAGUUGGUUGAAAGCAAAAGCAUCUUGAAAAGAGGAAGAAAAAAAUAUGAAAAAAGGUACUUCUUGAAUAUUGAAUAUUUAAACAUUUCUUGUCAAAGCUCGGUGGCAGUUAAUUCAUCCAAGGAUUCAAAUAGUAAGAAGAGAAAAGCUGACAAAUAUUUAGAAACAACAGGAGUGAAAACUAGGAAAGGGUGUAAAGGAAAGAAUGAAAGCUUUAAAUAUUUUGAAAAUUCUAAUGGGAUAGAUCAAUUUGAAGGAAAUACUGGGAUGAUUAAAUCUCCAAUAGUAACUUCUCAAGGAUAUCACUUAUAUACACAUCUUAUAAUAGAAAGCAAAGAAGAACGAGAUGUUUUUACAGUUGGAGAUCAUGUAAUGGUUUGUCUAUCAGAUGGAGGUGAAAGACCAGCACAAAUUACAGCUUUUCUAUAUGAUCCUGAGGAGAAUUUACAAGGAGUAGAAUUGAGAUGGUUUUAUUCAGAACAUGAUUUGCUUGAUUUAGGUAAAAUUAUUGACAGAUCAAAGCUACCGGAUAACCUAUUUACAUUUGAGGAGGAAUUUUUGGAAAGUGACAAAUGUGAGGUUUUGGAAACAAGCGUAAUAAAAAGAAUGAUUCGUAUUUGGAAUAGCAAAAAAGAUUAUUUAAAAUGGACUAAAGAUUGCCUAGAAAUAUAUUCAGGUCCUCAAAAGUGUGAUCCAAAAACAAUUACCGGAAAAGAAGAGUCUUUUGUUAUUUGUAAUUAUCAUGAUGAAAGAUUAAUGGAGUACAUAAAAGAGUUUAAUGACGAUCUUCCUUCAUUUUCAGUAGAAGUUUCUGAUAAUUAUUUGGCUUUAUAUCUUGUUUUAACUGACACUGGUACAAUAGUCCCAAUAAGUGAAAGAAGAAAUCUAUCAUAUUUACUUUCAAGAUGCAGUAAUUAUUAUGGAUAUUAUACAAAUUAUUUAGCAUUAAAACUCUCAAUGUCUUUUGGCCCACUUAGAUCACAUGUAAAUGAAAAUAACUUAGUCUUAAAAAAUUCUUCUGGGAAUCAAAUUGAGGAAUAUCCUUUGAACCAAGCAUCUGCAGACUUACAUUGGUCAAAACGUCCAAAAAAAGUUCUUCCUUGUAGAGAAAAGGAACAUGAAGAAAUUACUCAUGUGCUAAAAACAUCUAUUUUAAAUGAAGGAGGUGGAGUUUUAUUUAUUGCAGGUUUACCAGGUACUGGUAAGACUGCAACUGUGUUGAAUACUUUGGAUAUGCUUGAGAUAGAGAUGAAUUUAAGUAAUAAAAACGAAAGUAAGAUUUCUGUUUGUUAUAUCAAUGCUCUUCAUUUAAGUAGUCCUGAUCAUUUUUAUAGAACCUUCUUACAAAAGUUGAAUGGAGCAAAUACCUGGGCUCCUAGCAAGGAAGCAUGCUAUUCAUCCUUAGAUAAGUACUUGAAAGCUAAAGGUAGUCCAGUAACUAUUCUUGUGAUUGAUGAGAUUGACUGGCUUCAAAAGAAUGCAAGUUCCAAUUCUAAUUUGGAAGGAUCCAAUAAUUCAUUGCUCUAUACUUUAUUUGAUUGGCCAUUCCAAAAAAAUACCAAGUUGAUUAUAAUAGCUAUAGCUAAUACAAUGGAUCUUCCUGAAAAGCUUAUUCCAAGAUGUACAUCUAGGUGUGGAUAUGCCAGAAUUAAUUUUACUCCAUUUUCUGUUGAAGACAUGAUCACUAUUUUAAACGACAGAGUAAAGUAUUUUUCUGUUAACUUAUGUGAAAAAGCCAUGGAAACUUCAAAUAAAGUGGAAGAGGUAAGAAGAACAAGCCCCAGAAUUAGAAACAAGAGCAAGAAUAUUGUCUCUGAAAACGAUUUUGAGUCUAUAUUCUGUAGCAAAGCUAUCGAGUUUUGUGCAAGAAGAAUUGCUCAGCAGUCUUCUGAUGUUAGAAGAGCUCUCCAGGUCCUUCACAGAGCUUGGGAGAUAUGUAAACAGGAAUUUGAACAAAAGAUUAGUUCAAAGGGAGAUAGAAACAGUAAGAAUAACAGAAAGUUUCAAGUUCAAAUUCCACAUGUACAAGCAGCUUGUAAAGAGGUAUUAUUGAAUAAUGUGUCAAUUAACCUAAUUGAAACACUUCCUCUAGUUUAUAAAGUGUUUUUGGCCUCUCUGAUUUUGGAACUUGAGCUUAAACAUAGAAUGAAACUUAAGGAAAAAGAAGAUGAAAAUGAGGAUUUUUAUGAGGAUGAUGGAUUUUUAAACCUUGAUAAUGACAGAGUCUACGAAAAUUCCGUUUCUUUAUUUAAAAUUGAGAAAAGAAUGUUUACAAUUCUUUCAUUAUCAGGAUAUGUAUACAUGGAGUACUUAGAUACAUCAUUUAUUAAGAUUAUUAUUCAGAAGUUAGUAUCAUCAAGAAUUAUUCAGACGUUUAAAGGAGCUUUGAUUUCUUCUUCUUCAUCCAGUGAAUUUGAGCAAGAGAAUGAAAUUUAUUAUGAGACUCUUAAUAUUUUUGGGUCAGAUGUUUGGGUAUCACUCCUAAUAGAUGCUUUGGUGUUGAAGAACUAUCUAGUGAAGAAUAUACCCUUCAAAAUUCAAGGUUUUGAGUAA